CAAGUUUUGCUGAUCUUUCUUCUUCUCAAAUGGGUUCUUCUUCGGACAAGCUGUUUAACAGAGAGAGAACAAUACAUGAGAUUCUGGGAGGGAACAUUGAUGUGAUGCUGUGGAGGAAGAAGAAUGUGAGUGUUGGUAUAGUUACAGUGACGAUAGCUUCAUGGAUGGUGUUCGAGGCAUUUGCUUACACCAUCUUCACUCUUCUUUCAAGUGUUCUUCUUCUCUUGCUCUCUAUUCUCUUCCUCUGGUCCAAAUCUGCUUCUAUUCUCAACAGGCCAUCACCGCCACUUGCCAUGGCAGAAGAAGCUUCGAUAUGGUUACGCAUCCAUGUGAACAAACUACUCCAAGUUUCGUAUGACAUUGCAAUGGGAAGGGACUCAGAGUUGUAUAUCAAAGUAGCAAUCUCUCUGUUUCUCAUCUCAUUGAUCGGAAGCCUCAUGGAUUUUCAGACACUUUGCCACACCAGCGUUUUGGUGGUUUUGACGGUUCCAGCUUUCUAUGAGAGAUAUGAAGAUUACAUUGAUGGAUCUGUUAUGUUUAUCUGCAACAAAGCUAAAGAGCUUUACCUCAGAUUCGAGAUAUUGGCUUUUCCUCCAGAAAAUAAGAAACUGUGCUGAGAUGCUGUUACCUCGUUCUUCUUCAAGAGUUUCUUCUUUUGUCUAUUUUUGAUUUCUCAGUUUUGUGGAACUGGAAAGAAAGGGAGAAAAAUGUAUUGUUUUGUUAUUAAAUGUUGGAAUGGUACAGCCAAAAAAUAUGAGCAAUCCACGGAAAUUUUAUUUCA